AUCGCGGAUUUUGUAUCUGUCAAAGUAAAGUUUUCGGCACCAAAACAAUAAAAAAAAACUGUGUGAAAAUUUUGUGAUUUCAUCCCUUCUGUACUGAAAUAUCUCACAAUAAAAGUAGCCUCACAUAGUGCAUUUUAUGUUAAGAUGGCCAUAUUCGAUGCAUUCCACUCCUGUAUGUGGUUUGAGGCCACAAGCAGACGAAAUGCCUUCGCCGCGAUAGUGUCCGGACUUUUCUUCUUUAUUGGCUGGUGGCUAAUCAUUGAUGCCUCCACGGAGAGUGGAGGCGGUCUCGAUGGGGCUCAUCACAUCUGUGGAAUUCUCGGGAGCAUUAGUUUCUUCAUGGUGAACGCUGUCUCCAACUCAAUGAUUUCAGAAUCAUACACUGGUGGUCGACUGAGUCAACGUGGAGCCCGGAUUUGGCUCUUUGUGGGCUUUGUUCUUGGGUUUGCGGCAAUAAUUGCGGCUGUGUGGAUCAUGAUUGCAGAGUUUUCUCUGCCAGAAACGACAGCAAAAUGGCCAGGAGUGGCUCUACUUCUCCAGAAUCUAUUCAUCUUCUUGGGAUCUCUCGUGUAUAAAUUUGGCCGAUCAGAAUCCGAUUCGGAAUUUGGCUUCUAGAGCCCGUUCCUCUCCAAAAAAAAGAAAAGAAAGAAAAGCACCAAUCCUUUCAUCCAAAAAAAACAUUGAAGACUUUCUUAAGUUAUUUACUUUACUCUGUGUCUUCGUUUUUCUUCAAUUCGGCUACCAUCAGAGCGUCUCCAGGUAAAUCACACUUAGAUACCACUCUAUUCUUAUUUUUAGAUUUAUUAUUUUCUGUAAUUUACAACGCAAUUCUCAUAAAGAAACCAUUCGGUUUUCUUUUAAAAUGUCCAUUUAUAUCGAGUUUUCAUCAUGUAAAUCCUAAAAAAUCAAUUCAUUUAGUAUUUAUAAAUAUUUUACAAGGAAACACUUAAAUAAAGGAUUUCUUGAUUAAUGCAAAA